GGAGUUAAGCAGCGCUCUUGUUGUGAGAACAUUUACCACAUCUACAUAUUUGGCACGGCUGACUGAAAGUCGGACUUCUCCUGCAGGUCUGCGUUUUUUUUUCCAAAACUAGUUUAAUCGAUUCAGUUUAGAAGGGCACCGAGCUGGGAAAAUGAUGGCUCCGGAACCGCUGCGAUCCGCGAUGACGAGCCUGGGAUCGGACGACACGUCGCUCGCUGUCCCCUCCGACAACAAGCUGCGCUCGGGACAGCAACGCGUGCUGGAUCAGGUGCACACCAUCAAGAGAAGCAAGUCCAAACACGGGGUGAAAAACGGCACGCUGUCUCCUUCACCAACAAGCAUGUCUCCCACGGCAUCAUAUGAGUUUGGAAUGUUCAAGUUUUCUCCGUCCAAGGCAAACGGCACGUUGGGCCGCAUCAGCACCACUUUAACAGGCUACAGCAAAGGGCUGAAUACUCAGAAGAGUCGCACUCUAUCCACUAAAUCCAUGGGAGGACGAAAUUUCAGCACCUCAGGCGCAUGGGAACAGCAAGUCAACACUGCCACCUGGCCAAAGGGUCCCAAUGGGCUGAAACCCAGUCGCAGUGACCCUGUAUUGGCUCCUCCGCUUGUUCCUGCUCCUACAAGUGGAACUAUUAUGAAAAGCAAAGGCAUGACUAUCCAAAACCAGAAGACCUUCCAGAGUCGAGUAAAUAAACAAAGCUCCUAUUCCAUGACCAACACCUCUCAGAUGACCAACACCUCUCAGAUGACCAACAGCCAGACACGCAUCAUCCGGCCGCCCUCUUCCCAGUCUCAGGUUGACGGCAAGACGGGUACCUCCAAAGGAUCCAAAAUAGAGCAGAAAUCAGGGGUGAACAGUGGGGUGUCCAUCUCAGACCUGACCGUAAGGGAGGCUGUAGAGUAUCUGUCUCACCCUGAGGAGAAUUUCCAGCAGUGUGGAGCCACAUUCAUCCAACACAUCACUUUCAAAGAGGAGCGCACCAAAGAGGAGGUUUACCAACUAGGUGGUAUCCCCACUCUGGUGGCCCUGCUGGAGAGCUCCAACCCUGGGGUGAGCCAGGGUGCUGCUGGGGCUCUGAGGAACCUGGUGUUCAAGCACCAUGACAACAAGAUGGAGGUUCAGCACUGUAGUGGUAUAUCUAAGGCCCUGAGGCUACUAAAGGAGACAGAUUCUACUGAGACCCAGAAGCAAAUCACUGGCCUGCUAUGGAACCUGUCCUCUGCUGAUGUGCUGAAGGAAGAGCUUAUAGCUACAGCACUGCCAGCCCUGACUGAGAAUGUGGUGGUGCCAUUCAACUGCUGGUCCGACAGCAGUGCCAACAACAACAUACACCCUGAUGUCUUCUACAAUGCCACAGGGUGCCUGCGGAACAUGAGCUGCGGCAAAAAGAAGGAGAGGCAGCAAAUGAGAGAGUGUCGCGGCCUGAUCGACUCCCUCAUGAGUUACGUUCAGUCCAGCGUGGCAGAGGAAAACCCCGAUGACAAGUCUGUGGAGAACUGCACAUGCAUCCUCCAUAACUUGACCUACGAACUGGAGAAUGAGUGUCCUGAGUGCUUCAGCAAGUUUCAGCCCAUGACCUCAGGGACCCCAAAAAGCCCUGUGAUUGGAUGCUUCAGCCCCAGGAGCCACAAGGCUCAAAAUGAGUUUUCAUAUGAUGUGGAUCAGUGCCAAGUGCCAGAUGAGAGUACCCCAACAGGUGUGAAGUGGUUGUGCCACCCCAAAGCUAUGCAGACCUACCUGUCUCUGCUGGGCUCAUCUCAGAAAGAUGCCACCCUGGAAGCCUCCUGUGGUGCCCUGCAGAACCUCACUGCCGGCAAGGGACUGGGGUCCCAUGCCAUGAGCCAGAUUCUGACUCAAAAGCUAGGGGCUCUGGUGCACAUUUCCCCUCUUUUAAAGUCUCCGAACCAGAACCUGCAGAAGACUGCCAUGUCCCUGCUGGAUAACAUGUCUCGGGCCAGCAGUUUGCACUCCACCAUGGCAAAAGAGAUGCUGCCUGAGCUUGCUGGCCUCCUCAGCGCUGGCCCCCGGGAGAUGGGAAACUCUGACGAGACGAUAGCAGCGGCUUGCAACAUAAUGCGGACUCUGAUGCUGUCGAACUCUGAGACCAGCAAGAAGGUCCUCAACAAUGAAAUAGUGUCAUCACUGGCCGACCUCAGCGAGAAUGCGUCUUUCCCCAAAGGCAGCAAAGCAGCUUCCCUGCUGCUGUACAGCUUAUGGAAUGAUAACAAUCUGCAAAGUGCUGCGAAAAAGCUGGGGAUGAGCAAAUCACUUUUUGUCAAUGCCAACACCACUGCAGUGCACAGGCUGGCGCAAGUUAUCGAGUGAGUGUGAUGGACAAGUGGAACGGCUCUACUGACCCCGAGAGAUGGAAACCAGCAUGUUUAGACACCGCCGUGGCCACACCCUUGCAACGAGAAGAGUAAAAUUACAUUUAUCACGAUAGCCUCUGAAUUAAAAAUGACUAUCGAGUAAGGAUCAAUCAUAUGUUGUACAUACUUUGCAGAAAAGAGAGCUUUUCAUUCAUUUCAUGAAUAAUCCUGCGGUGUUGUAUGUAUUUAAUUUACAUGUUUCAGUCUGUGUCUGUAUAUAAGCGGGUGAGUGUGAUUUUGGUAGAUUAAGUGUGCGUGUGUGCUGAGACCCAGUCCUGAGAGCCACAAUACAACAGACAGUGUGGAUAGACAGUGUUAGCUGCUGUGGAAGUUACCUGCAGUGGUUAUUUAGACUCAUGAAUGGUGUUGUUGUCAAAUGUGCCUGUCUACAUUGGCUCAAACUCUAUUGUGGCUUUGAGAACUGGGCAGCCAAAAAUGAAAGUAAAGAGAAAAAUAUAUGAAAAGCUAAAAAGAAAAAGAAUAUGCUGAUAUUUUUUGAUACAGUUGCUCUCAGAUGAAAAAGUGAAAUAGAUUGUGUAAAGGUUUCCAUGCAAGCAAAGAAAUCCUACAUUUCUAAUGUCUUAACACAAUUCAGUGGAAUAUUACUUUAUUCUAAAAUCUGUUUCAUUUUGUGAUUCAGAAUUUAGUUUUGUAAAAAAACAAAAAAAAAAACCACAGAAACUGCUUUAAAAAAGAGUGUCUGAAUAGUUAAAGAAUUAGUUUAACUUUCUCAUUGAAUAUAAAGCUGCAACCAGAAGAUGAAUAGCUUAGCCCAGGUAACAGGAAACUACCUGCACCUUUAAAGCUCAAUAAUUAACACAUUAUAUCUUGUUUGUUCAACCUCUACAAAAACAUGUUGAAAGGACACAUUUUACAGUACCCAUAAACCCUGUAAAGCCACAGUGUUACACUUUUAUUAUACAAUCAUAUAACACGUUAAGUAGUGGACAUAUAUGUCAUUCUUAGUUAGAGUCAGGCUAGCUGUUUCCUCAUGUUUCUAGCUUUAUAUUUAUCAGAUAUAAAAGCGGUAUCGAUCAUCUAACUCACAGGUGGGAAGUGCAAAAAGCAUAGCUCCUAAAGUAUUCAACAAUUGCUUUGAAGUGCAGUACCAAGAUACGUCUUCUUUUCUGUUGCUUUGUCAUAAACUUGUGUAUUGAAAUUAAAAAUUGUGUCUCUUAUAUAUUUGCUUGUUUACUUGCAUAAGCUGAGCAAUUGGAGACAGAAGGAUUGGAAUAUAAUACACAUCAUGUAACACAAGGUCACAGCUGAGUCUCAUUUUUACUUUUAUUUACUAGGUAUAGAAAUUUGGAGUGAGUCAUUGCCAUGAAAACGUCCAAACACUGACAGCCUUUUAAGUGCUCUUUGAUUUAAUUAAAUACCAAACACUGAGGAGAUAAUGAAGGGCUGU